UUGAUGGUACUGUGGAUAGCAAUGCAAUUUGGCCUAAGAAAGAAAAAGAAAAAGAAAGCAAAGCCACAGGGACCGCUGACCCCAAACUGCGAUUCCUUUGCACACAAAAUCUAAUUCUAUUUCUAUCAUCUAAUCCCUGUUUGUUUCCUGGGAAAAUCAGUUCCAAUCAACGCCAAGGCAAAACAAGGUUUGAAUCAAAAUAAGAAUUAGAAGAUUGUUGGCGGAAGAUGUCAACUCCAUCUCGGAAGAGACUGAUGAGGGAUUUCAAGAGGUUGCAGCAAGAUCCUCCGGCGGGGAUCAGUGGUGCUCCUCAAGACAAUAACAUAAUGCUCUGGAAUGCUGUUAUUUUUGGUCCUGACGACACUCCGUGGGAUGGAGGUACGUUUAAGUUGACUCUUCAGUUUACAGAAGAUUAUCCAAAUAAGCCCCCAACAGUGCGUUUUGUUUCUAGAAUGUUCCAUCCGAAUAUUUAUGCAGAUGGGAGCAUCUGUUUGGAUAUCCUACAGAAUCAAUGGAGUCCUAUAUAUGAUGUGGCAGCCAUACUCACAUCAAUCCAGUCAUUACUUUGUGAUCCAAAUCCAAACUCCCCUGCAAAUUCAGAAGCUGCUCGGAUGUUCAGUGAGAACAAACGUGAGUACAAUAGGAGGGUACGUGAAAUUGUUGAGCAGAGUUGGACUGCUGAUUAGUUUCUCCUACUGUGGCGGUCAAACGUGAAGAGUUGUCCCUUGUCUCUAUAAAUAACAUUAAUUCAAAACUGCGGUUGAACAUGGCUGCUGUUAUAUGUUUGCUUGGCUUAUGAGGGGUGUUUGUUGUAGCAGCUCAUGUUGCAUUGUGUUUGCAGUGACGUUGUCAAGUAAAAGAAGUGGAUAUAUUUUCCUUUAGCCUUUUUCUUUUCAGUCUAGAUAAAUGUAGCGUUAAUUGCUAUGUAAAAUUUAAAAGCAAACGAACCUUUAAUCUCUGUUUGUAACA